AUGGCGAAUUACACAUCGUUUCGAAAGGUGAAACAGCCUGAUAAUGGACAAAAUGUGGAAACAGAUUAUUAUCAUGAAACCCAGGAUCAUCAAAGUGAUAUUUAUUAUACGGUGUCAUUGCAAGAAGAUAAAUGCUGGAGGGAAAUUGAUCGACAAGGAUAUGUCGGACAAGACAGGGGAAUGAAUUUCGAGACAUUAUUGAAUGGUUUCAACAAAGCCAUUAUUCCGCCAUGGAAAUCAUCAUUGAAAGUAUUAUACAGAAACCGUGGCGUACUCUGGGCCAUUUUUUGCAUCUUGAAUGCAUCAUUCUGUUCCCUUUGUGUGAAGCUAUUGGCUGGAAUCGUCCCUCCCAGUCAACUCCUCUUCUUCCGAGGUAUCUUCCAGAUUCUCUUUACCGCACCGUACAUCGUCCGUUACAGACUACCGAUGCGAUAUCCGCCAAAAAUGGUUCUUCUGAUUCUGGCACGAGGGAUAAUCGGAACUUUCCUAUCGUUUAUGUGUUACUAUUCCUACCAAGCAAUCCCGGUGGCCACAGCUAAAGCUCUGAUAUACAGCUCUCCAUUUUUCGUAGCCAUCUUCGCAGGACUGUGUCUCAAGGAGCACUGUUCACUAUGGACGACCUUCUUCUCUUUACUAACAGUGAUAUCCGUAGUCCUAGUUGUCCAACCACCAUUCAUAUUUGGAAGCAGUGGCGACGGCGAGACCUCGAUUGUCGGAUUGAUGUGUGCCGUCGUUGGCGCCGUCACCAUGGCCGCCAACGUCAUCGUCCUGCGCUACAUGCAGAUGCUUAGAAUCCACGCCCAGGUCAUCAUUUUCGUGUACGGUUUCAUCGCCGCCAUCUGCAGCGCGAUCUUUCAAACUACCGGCCUUGAGAAGUGGACAAACCCAGGAUGCGGUUUAGAGCGCCUGAUCAUAAUCGUGAUGUGUUUGACAGGGUUUCUUGAGCAGGUAUCAGGCACUCUAGCUCUUAAAACCCAAAAGGCAUCGGUGAUCUCCAUUAUUCGUGGGAACGAUGUCAUUGUCUCUUUCAUCUUCGAGUUAUUGAUCUUCGACAUGUCACCUGGAGCAUGGACCAUAGUGGGUGUCUUUGGAGUUGUAGGGAGUGCGAUCGGUAUGACAGUUUCAUCACACUUUGCAAGCAAAAGAGACAAGGAGAAAGAGAUGAAACAUAAAAUUCAAGAUGAUCUUACUUAGCCGGGUGAUCUUAUUCUCGAAAGUAUUCUUUGGAUUUGUGCUCUUUACCACUUUAAAUCUUGUUGAUGGUUCCAUCAGGUUCGUAGGGAACAUUAAAAGCUCCUCUUAAUUUCAAGACGGUCAAAUAAAAUGUUAAGUAAUAAUGGCGAUUGUAAUGUCUGUGAUGAUGAUAAUGAUGAUAAAGAUAAUGA